AUGUGUGCUACAGGCACCAGUGUGCUACAGGCACCAGUGUGCUACAGGCACCAGUGUGCUACAGGCACCAGUGUGCUACAGGCACCAGUGUGCUACAGGCACCAGUGUGCUACAGGCAACAGUGUGCUACAGGCACCAGUAUGCUACAGGCAACAGUGUGCUACAGGCAACAGUGUGCUACAGGCACCAGUGUGCUACAGCCACCAGUGUGCUACAGGCAACAGUGUGCUACAGGCAACAGUGUGCUACAGGCACCAGUGUGCUACAGGCACCAGUGUGCUACAGGCACCAGUGUGCUACAGGCACCAGUGUGCUACAGGCACCAGUGUGCUACAGGCACCAGUGUGCUACAGGCACCAGUGUGCUACAGGCACCAGUAUGCUACAGGCAACAGUGUGCAACGGGAACCAGUGUGCUACAGGCACCUGCACCUGUGUGCUACAGGCACCAGUGUGCUACAGGCACCAGUGUGUUACAGGCACCAGUGUGCUACAGGCACCAGUGUGCUUCAGGCAACAGUGUGCUACAGGCACCAGUGUGCUACAGGCACCAACGCCAGUGUGCUACAGGCACCAGUGUGUUACAGGCACCAGUGUGUUACAGCCACUAGUGUGCUACAGGCACCAGUGUGCUACAGGCACCAGUGUGCUACAGGCACCAGUAUGCUACAGGCACCAGUGUGCUACAGGCACCAGUGUGUUACAGGCACCAGUGUGUUACAGGCACCAGUGUGCUACAGGCACCAGUGUGCUACAGGCACCAGUGUGCUACAGGCACCAGUAUGCUACAGGCAAUUAA